CACGAAGCUACGCCACUUCCGGCGUGUACGUCUGGCGUCCGUCCGUCGCGGGAUGGCGGCUCUGAGGAGCUGGUUGUCGCGGGGCGUGUCGUCCUUCUUCAGGUACAGACGGUGUGUUCCCGUCGCGGCGAACCUGAAGAAGCGCGGUUUCUCGGACUUGGUGAGACCAUGGCGCGGAACCGCGGCCGUUGGAUUUGGGGUGGCCCUGUGUGCGGUCCCGAUCGCCCAGAAAGCAGAGCCUCAUUCUCUCAGUAACGACGCACUGAUGAGGAGAGCCGUGUCUCUGGUAACAGACAGCACCUCCACCUUCCUCUCGCAGACCACCUAUGCGCUGAUUGAAGCCAUCACCGAGUACACGAAGGCUGUUUAUACCUUAAUCUCUCUGUACCGACAAUAUACAAGUUUACUUGGGAAAAUGAACUCACAGGAGGAAGAUGAAGUGUGGCAGGUGAUCAUCGGGGCCAGAGUUGAGAUGACUUCCAAGCAGCAGGAGUACCUGAGGCUGGAGAGCACCUGGAUGACCGCAGUCGGCCUUUCCGAGAUGGCGGCGGAGGCUGCGUACCACACCGGAGCAGAUCAGGCCUCUAUCACUGCCAGGAAUCACAUUCAGCUGGUGAAAUCGCAGGUGCAGGAGGUGCGCCAGCUCUCCCAGAAAGCAGAAACCAAGCUGGCAGAAGCACAGACGGAAGAACUCCGUCAGAAGACGCAGGAGGGAGACGACAGGGCCGAGCCGGAGCCGGAGGCCUACCUGCGUGAGGACUGAGUGCCCGAGCCGCUGCCCACGUCUCUCCGCUCAGCCUGGGGCCGGCUUGGCUUCCUCUGCACCGAGAGGUAGCGGCAGGCCCUGCCCUGGCCCAUCAGGCCUGGGGCCUCCCCUUGGCCUCAGGCUUGUACUGGACCUGUUCUUAGCCCGGGGCGCUGCGCCCCACUCAGCACAGCUGCCCUCUUGCCCCCUGACAUUUUACCUCCCACCCAGAGCACCUUACCAACCUGGCCAGAGAAGGGGGGCUUUUUUGUCGUGCCCACAAGUUCAGUAGCUGUUUUAACCUGUUUCCCAUCGUAUUCACAUUUUCAAAUAGGAUUUAGUAUUUGCCUCUCCCUAGGAAUGUGAGUUUGGAGGAGAGGGAAGCCUGUCCUGUUUGUAAGACUUCCUUUCAAGUUCCUAACGCCUUUGACCUGGCCCACUGCCCCGUCAAGACAGCUCCGGCCAAAGAGCCAAAAGUCACUUCUUAAGGCACAAUGCAGGGUGUUUACCUGGUAGUCUCAACAGGACUUGCUCCAACACUUGCUUCUCGUGUCCUCCUUUCCUUUGCAUUUAUUGUAUAUGAAGAAUAACUUUUUAUUUUUUAUUUUUUGCAUUUAAGAAGAUGUGUGUGUGUGUCUUCUGGGGUCCUCGGCCGCCUCCCGCUUUUGCCCCUCCCCCCAGACUGGCAGAGGACCAAGGGGGGGCCAGGAGUCCCCUGUGGAGAUCCGUCUAUGAUUCAAUACGUGUCCGUACAAGUCAGCCAAG